UCACUUUGAUUCUUCUACUUUCACACACACACAAAGAACAACAGUCACACAAACCUCAUUACAACAAAUGUCUCUUACCAUCACUGCCACUUGACAUUUGUUUUUUUCUCUCUCUUUUAAACAACCCCUCAUCCCCCAAAAUGCUUCCACAUUUUUUCCAUUUUAAUCUUUGAAAAAUCAACCCAACAACAACAACAACAUCAACAACACCUUUCUCUAUCUUUGUCUUUAAUGGACACCACCAAAGAUGAAUUCCAAGUAGUGGACCAUUUGACCACACCAACAACCACCACUGGGACCAGUUUCUCUCAGUUACUAUUAGCAGAUGACGAUGUUGUUGUUGUUGAUAAUCAAAAUCAGAAUCAGAAUCAUAACCCAUUGGUGGGUCUUCUUCAUGGGGACCAAACCUUUUCAAAUACUUCUCUUUUCUCUCUUCAUAACACACCCAAAAUGCUUUGUUUUGGUGGUAACUACCAAAAUGAAAUUGAAAUUAUAACUCCUCCUCAGAAAUCUGUCGUCACUUCUAGUGAUUCUUCUUCUGCUUCUUCAUGCAACCACACCAACACUGCUUUCAAUAAUAGUUUGCAGAAAAAGCGGAAUGGGUCAGGAGGACAAGAAAUGGGGACCAGGCCAGGUGUUGGAGGGCAGAAAGGUCCUAAGAAGACCAAAGCAGACAACCACCCCACUUCAACUGGACAUGCAAAGAAAAAAGAGAAACUUGGUGAACGAAUUGCAGCAUUACAACAACUUGUUUCUCCCUUUGGAAAGACUGAUACUGCUUCGGUGCUUCACGAGGCAACUGGUUACAUAAGAUUCUUACAUGAUCAAGUUCAGGUUCUGUGCUCUCCAUACCUCCAACCUUCACAAAUUCAAUUUCAAAAUGGGGACGGAGAUAACAAUGGAAGAGAAGAAAACACAGAAGUGAACAAAGAUUUAACUAGCAGAGGUUUAUGUUUGAUCCCUGUUGGAAACACCUUACACGUGGCAGGCAGUAACGGGGCUGAUUUUUGGUCACCAGCAACGACAGACAACAAUGUUGUUUCACCUUCAACUACUAUUCCUAAGCAGUACUAGUAGGAGUGAUAAAAAUGAAUUAAUGGAAUUGAAAAAAAAAGUUGCAUCUUUUGAGAAAUGGGUUUCUAUGUCUGCUCAAAAUGGAGAUGUACUCAAUAUGAUGGUGACAGGUUAUUUGGAGAAGGAAAAGAAGGAUGAGAAGGUAAACUUUUGGAAAAGGGAAAGAGGAAUUAACAAUUAACAAGAUUAGAUUAAAGUUUACACAUGGGGUACAAAUGAAAUGUCAUGAUUUUGUCCUUAAUUAUGUAACAUGUGUUUUUGGGGGGUCACUUUGUUUUUCUAUAGAAAGAAGGAAAUAUUUUAAGUAGGAUUUUGAUGUGUGUGGCCUUGAACUAGGAGUUUAGGAUGCCAACAUAUUUUAUUAUAUAUAUUUUGUCUAUGUAAAUUUUGGGAGACAAUACAUGAAUCAUGAAGUCUUGAAAAUGUUGAAAAUUUUA